AUGUUGCUGAGGAGCUCCAUUUUCUGUCACAUCCAAUUCACGAGUUCCGAUAUACGCUAUGGAGGUGCGAACGGAAAGACCACGGACCGCCGGUCGAAUAGCACCAACCGGAAGAGUAACACCGACAGUGCAUCAAACCGGCGGAGGUCGAAGAAAAGCAAUACCGGUCCCACCACCGAGAGUGCCGACGCCAAUGCCCAUCGUAAAUAAUAAUCAACAACGGAACAAUGCCAACGUUGUCGUCCCGCCCACUGUAUCGGCUGUGUCGAAGAAAGAGCCGCAAGAGAACAUUGCCCGGAUUGCGAAACGGUACCUCGACGAUAACAUGCAGCAGGCGUGGAUCAAUCCUCGUCUAAUAUCGAUGAUAAAUGUGGAAGCGGUGACCUCGACCGAUUAUGAUUCCACGAAUCUCAGCAGGAAUUUUAAUCAGUUCGGUUUCAACACCUAUAAUUACUCGCAGUUUGAAGAGAAAUACAAGCCGCGGCAAAUUUUUAAAUAUGGCGACGAGUACCUCGAAUACGGACAUAAGCUCGGCGCUAACGAGAGGUUCGCGCGAACGAAAUAUCAGGACGAUUUAAGAUUCGAUCAACGAUACUCACGCAGCCAUUCUCAGCCGGAACGGCAGCAUCACUUGUCUCAAGAGACGCGCUCAAAGUCCCAGGAUUCCCGCGAGCUCACGUUCUAUCAGAUAGACCCACCUGUGAAAUUGGAAAAUCCACGGCAACAUGACAAGUCGCAUCAGAAGCUAAAGAAGGAGUUGACCUUUUACGGGAUCGAUGGACUUCCAUCCGGUCAGGAGAGGAAAGAUAAGUCUGAGGUGUGCAAAGAGCGUAUCGAUAAGGGCAUCAAGUCCCACGAUAAGUCCCACGUCGAUGAUCAAGAGAGAUCGCAGAUCGCAAAGCACGGCAAACAGAAUCAUCAGGAGCAGCAGAAGAUGUUGAUGAACGUGCUAACGUCGGACUACCACCAGCUGAACCAGUCGCAGUCGGAUCUCACGGAGUGUCAACUGCCGAAUUACUGCGGGCACCGGAAUAAUCCGUAUAUCGAUCCGCCCAAGUACCGACAGUUCGACAGGCCACCACGCUAUCAGGAGACUCCGCUGAAAUCGGAACCGCCACCCAAGUAUUACGCCGAUCCGCCUAAGUACGCCGAGGUGUCCAGACGGCAGGAUGACUUUAAGAGGAUCCAGGAGGAGAGAGGCAAACGAGGUAGCAGUGGCGAGGGCGGUGGUAGUGGCGGCGGCGGAGGCGGUAAUUCCAAUGCAGGAAGGGGGAACACCGGCACUCAUGGCGCCGAGACGCCCUCUAAUCUGGCCAGUAUCACGCCGACCGCGCGAGAAGUAACACGUGCUGUGGUUGGGCGACAACGUUUCUUUCACAAGACGUGUGACAUACGCAGCAAUAACAAUAACAACAAUAAUAAUAACAACAUUAUCAAGGAAAACCUGUUACAAGAAACCAGAAUUGACAGCGAUUCCCGGUGUCACAUCGAAUCUUUAAAGGGUCAUCAUCAUCAUCAUCAUCAUCAUCAUCAUCACCAUCAUCAUCAGCAACAUUAUCAGACUCGUGGAAUAGAUGGUAGCAACGUUGUUGCUAGCGGGAUCGUUGGUAAUGUCUUGCCAGACGUUGGUGGCGGUGGCUCGUACGGCGAGGUAACAACGUGCGACAAGUACAAGGGCACCGGGUCGGAGUCGAAUCGGGGCGGUAACAGCGACGCAGUUCAAGGUCGCCCGAGCGAGAGAUCCAUGCUGAAAAUUGAAAAGAUAUCAGGAAAGAUCGCUCUGCACGGCGGCAGCGAGUCAGCGGUCGGCAAGUGCGGCGCGGAGAGAAUGAAGUCAACCACGCAGGAGGUCGGUUACAACAAGCACGAGGCCAAGGCCAAGGGCCACGAUGUCGGACACGGUUACAAAGUCGAAAAUCUGCGUUACUACGGUGAACUGAAGGGCUACGCCGAUUUCAAGGCUUACGGUACCGUGGACAAACAGCCGACAUCCGUACCGGUGUCCGCGCACGAGAAGUCGCAUCUUCUACAUGGACCCAUCUCGUGCGAGAAAGGCGACAAGUGUCACGGCAAGGCGCCGUCUUCAUCCACGCAGAGUUAUAGCCUGGCCAAGAUCGGUCAGCAGCAGACGGAGAAGAGUCAUCACAGCGGCGAUCAUUAUUAUCACAGAUCGUCACAUUCGAAGUCGCCGAACAUGUAUCAGGUGUAUCAGGAGACCAAGUACUCAUACAAUGUGAGCGGGGUGCCCGGGACGCCGGCGCAGGCCAGCGCAGCCGCGGCCUUCUUCGCAAGGUCAGUGUUCACUCAAUCUAAUGAAUAUACGAUAGCAUGUGACAUAAUGUACCUGCUGACACGAGCGUCUCAGUUACUUUAG